GGGCCCUCGCCCUACCUGGAUCCCCCCGGGCCCCCGCCCGCCUUCAGCUAUGGCUUCUCAUCUGCUCUCCCGGCUGCUCGGCUUGGCUGCCCUCUGCCACCUAACCAUGCUGCUAGCGGGACAGCAACAUGGUGUGAACAAAUGCAGCGUCAUAUGCGACAAAAUGACCUCGAAGAUCCCUGUGAAUCUUCUAACCAGCUAUCGACGAAAUGAAGCAUCUUGCGAAAAACCGGCCAUCAUCUUGACGACCAUCAAGAACAGAACCUUCUGUGCUGACCCAAUGUUGGAAUGGGUCCAGAAAGCCAUGGAGAAUCUCGACAGCAAGGCUCCUCCUCCUGGUGUAUUUCAGAAGCAGCUCAGCGACACCAUUGCUGGCUCCUGGGGGACCAGGUCCCCCACUGCUUCCAAGGCUCCAGAUGGAGGGCCUUCAGCUGGGCCCGAGAGAACUGAGCUUUUCAACACCUCUGCUGUCACCACCUCCACAUCCUGGCAGAGUUCUUCUGCUUACCAACCUUGGUCGGAGCUCCGGACUGAGGGAAAGUCCUCUGAAGCCACCUCCACCCAGACCCCCUCCACCCAGGCCCUCCCCACCCAGAACCCCUCUACCCACCAGGACCCCUCCACGCAGGCCGCCACCAUUUCGCACACAGCCAGUGUUCUGUGGACCCACAGCCAGUAUUCUGUGGACUCCAUGCUGAAGAACUCUCUAGGGACUAGGGAGGUGGGUCCCAUUUCAGCUAACACAGAUGCUUUCAUGGGGCCUGGCAGCGUGCCCCAUGUCUCCAUGGUCCCUGUGUCCUCUGAAGGGGCCCCCAGCAGGGAGCCAAUGAUCUCAGGCAGCUGGACCUCCAAGGUUGACGACCCCAAGAGGCUGGACUCCUCCAUCCCCCUGGUCCCUGACUUGCAGGAGGGUACCCGGAGGCAGGCGGUGGGGCUGUUGGCCUUCCUCGGCCUUCUCUUUGGCCUGGGGGUGGCCAUAUUUGCCUAUCAAAGCCUGCAGGGCUGUCCCCGCAACACAGCGGGGGACAUCAUAGAAGGGCUUCGCUACGUCCCCCGGAGCUGUGGCAGUAACUCGUAUGUCCUGGUGCCAGUGUGAACUGCCCUCCUGCCUGUGUCCAGAUGUUCAACUCAAACAGCUACCAGGGGUCCCCCAUCCUCACUCCUACCCUCACCCAAGGGCCUGGCCCGAGCUGGGAUGAUGGAAGCAGGGAGGCAGACUCCUCCAGGCGGGUCUGCCCCAGCUCCUGGGCAGACCCUGGGAGGGCCCCUUGAACAUCCCUGACCUCCUGGGGGCAGAGGGGGUGACCUGUGCAACUCAUGCCAACGCCCCCAAAUCAGAAAACUCUCCUCUGCUGCUGGCUGGUUAGAGGUCCCCUUUGACAUCCUCCCAAGCCCAACGAACAUUUAUUUAUUGAAUGCUCAGCCCCUCUGGUCCAUGUCCCUGUGUAGGUACCUCAGUCAUCCCUUUCACAAUGAGCCCCGGGCCAGGCCCUUCUGCCCACUCCCUCCAACCUCAUUCUGUCUUUUGGUCCCGCUGCAGUCGCCAGUCACCCUGGCCACCUGCGGUGCUCUCUCCCCGGUCCCCUGUACAGAACCCACGCCCUAGCCGGGCCCUGUCUGUUCUUGCAUGAGGCGGGUGUGGGGCUUGCUGGCGCGGCUCUCAGCCAAGGCUGUGCCCUCAGCUCGGCGCCAUGGGAAGGGGAGACGAAGCGGCCCAGUGGUUUUGGUGGUUUUCCCUCCUUGGUCUGUGCUGUGAAGUGAAGGGUGAAGGAACACUGACUCUGAACGUGAAGCCUGGGGUUCUAGUCCCAGGUCCACCAUCAACCUGCUAAAGCACCCGUCCCUCUGGCUUCCACUCUGUGAAAGGAAAAAGGGACAGCGAAUAUGUGGAGUAACCUAUACCCUGACAGGCACCCCUAAGUGGUCCAGAAACCCCUUUCCCCAGGCCCUGGGUGCAGCAGAGCGCCUCAGCCAGUCUCUGCCAAUCAGCGAGACUGGCACAGCCGGGGCCCUGUGAUCCCCGGGGCCUGGCAGCCCAUUCCCACCCUGUUGGAAGGAGUCAGCUCCCUGGGUCCCCAGAGUGGGGGCUGGGCUGCGAUACUUGUGGAGCAGAGACCAGUUUUAAAGGCCCCUUUCUGACUUUGAAAACAGCCCCCUCUGUGUCCACCAGGCUUAUAGGGAUAAAGGCAGCCCUGGUGACAUGUGACAGGCUGAAGAAGGAGGCCUGCAGUCUCCUGGGAAGGCACUCCACAGAAAGACCCACCGAGAAACUGCAGGGAGCAGUCACACUCUGUGUUAGGGACUUGGGUCCAGCAUUUGGUCUCUCUCCUUGCAGCCCGGGUUCCCCAUCCACCUCUCCGGCUCCCAGGGAACACCAUUCGCUGCACGCUGUCUCCCCCGCUCCCCUUUGCCCCCGCCGCAGGCAGGGCUGGGAAUGUCCAUGACGUUUUCCAUGGGCUUGACUCCACUGCUGAUACCUGAGGUCCCGUGUUUAUUUCUGAAAGGAGCUCUGCCCUGUAGGGGAAGGGAAGUCGUGGGUGUGAAGUCAAGGGGCCCCUUUUGGCUAAUGACUCAGGCAGGCCUGGGUGAGGCUGGAGGCUGACUGACUGGCCAGCACCCCCCAGCCAGAGCUGGACCUGCAGGCCUCACCCCUCAGAGUCGCUGGUGGCAGCUCCCUACCUCCCUCUGAUUGUCCCUAAGGGUGACCCUUUGCCCUCCACCUGAGAAACCUCCUAUGGGCUGGCUCCCUCCAGGCAGAGAUGACAUUCCUUUAGGAUGGAUGCUCAGGAAGCAAGCACAGCUCUGGUCCACAGAGAGGACCGGGCCCUCCUGUACCCCCCUGUUUGGGCAUGGUGCCCCCUGUUUGGGUCUAGCUUGAGUGGAGAGCACUUUGAGGGGGAGAGCAGGUCUGAACGCACUUUUUUGUGCUCUUCCCGGCUGGGAGCCUUCAAGGGUUGGGCACCCAUGAUGGGGCUCCCCUCCUUGGUCAGAAAGCAGCCGGGGCAGCUGGUCUCCUUUCCAUGGAUUCCGUUAGUUCCCCCAGCAGGACAUGGACAAGGCCAGUUUGGGGAGGACUUUAGAAGAACUUGGUUGAUCCCUUUGCUUUUCCAACCCUAUCACCAAUGUAUGUGCCAUUUUGUAUUUUACUAAUAAAAUGGAAAAGUCUUGUGAAUCA